GUAGGCUCUCUUUUUGCCUUGAAGAACACGAAGGGGAAGAAGAAGGCCCCGACGGGCACUUCUGGCAGGGAGGGGCCUUCCCAAGCUGCUGCCGCCGCUGCUGGCGCCGGAGGGUCCAAAGGUGUCGGGCCCGCGAAGAAGAAGAAUGUCGGCAAGGGGACCGAGCCCCCAGCAAAGAAGGUGAAGACUGUCACCCCCCGCCAAGCAGCCGACCACCGAUGUGGUGGUGAUUGUGGAUGAAGGGCACGCCUCUGCCCCCACCUCCCAGGAACACAUCAACCAGGAGUUUUUCGGGCGGGAGAAGCUGGAGGCGCUAGUGCCGAAGGGAGCUUCAGUAUUGGAGGGCAGCCUGAACCCUUUGGCACUGAUAUGCCAGAUGCUGCCGUCGGCUGACCGGUUGGCCCUUGCCAGGUUGGACGAGGGAUCCCUCGAGGCGAAGGUCCUUCUGGACGCUGCCUUCCUUUAUGGGCCUCUGCGAGCACCUCCGGAGGGUGGAACAAAUGAGGGAGGCCAAGGGCGCAGCCGAGGGGGAGGCCGCCCUUCUCAGGAAGAAACUCGUUGAGGCUGAGGACUCUCUUCGCCUGGCUACCGACGGCAUGGAGCAGCGGUUGCAAGCUGCGAGGGCCGAAGGGGUGAACGAGGGCCUGGCCAGGGCCGGGGAGGCAGCUGCCGAGGCCGCCCGCGUUGCUGCCAAUGAAGCCCGCGCAGCUCAAGAAGAGGCCGUCUCAAAAGCCCGAGAGGAUGCGGUGGCCAGCUUUAUUGUCGAGGGAUGGAAGGCUGAAGACCGGAGGGAGUGG